UCACCCGUGCGUCGCGGCCUGGCUGGCGCCCUGCCCUUCAAGCCCCGGUGGCAACUACUGGGUGACGCUCCUGGGGUGCUUUAAUCCCACAUCCUGCCUUUUCAAAUGGUCUCUUUGUGGGUUCCCCUCGCUCUGACCUUGCUUCUGAGGACUUCCGGGUUCGAAGCAGCAAAUGCCUUUAAACCCAACAUUCUACUGAUAAUGGCAGAUGACCUUGGCAUCGGGGACCUUGGUUGCUAUGGGAACGAUACCCUGAGGACACCCAAUAUCGACCGGCUUGCAGAGGAAGGUGUGAGACUCACCCAGCACCUGGCGGCCGCCCCCCUCUGCACCCCGAGCAGAUCUUCCUUCCUCACGGGGAGGCACUCCUUCAGAUCAGGCAUGGAAGCCCAUGACGGGUACCGCGCCCUCCAGUGGAACGGGGGAUCGGGCGGACUCCCCAAGAACGAAACCACGUUUGCAAGAAUCCUGCAGCAGCAAGGCUAUGCCACCGGCCUCAUAGGAAAAUGGCACCAGGGCGUGAACUGUGAGUCCCGCACCGACCACUGCCACCACCCGCUGAACCACGGAUUCGACUAUUUCUAUGGCAUGCCUUUCACGCUUGUAAAUGACUGUGACCCGGGCAGGCCCCCGGAGGUGGACGCCAGCACGAGAGCGAGGCUGUGGCGUUACACCCAGGUGGCGGCACUGGGAGCGCUGACCGUCGCUCUCGGCAGGAUUUGCGGGUUGGUGCCCGUGUCCCGGAAAGCAGUCCUGAGUGUCGCCAGCCUCGUCUUCCUCUUCUUUGCCUCCUGGUACGCCAGCUUCGGGUUCGUACGUCGUUGGAAUUGUAUCCUCAUGAGAAACCACGAUGUCACAGAGCAGCCCAUGGUUUUGGAGCGGACGGCGCGUCUCAUGCUACGGGAGGCAGUUUCCUAUAUUGUAAGAAAUAAGCACAGGCCAUUCCUCCUGUUUGUGUCCAUGCUCCACGUGCACCUCCCCCUGGCCACCACAAAACGAUUUCUCGGGAAAAGCCGGCACGGCUUAUACGGCGACAAUGUCGAGGAAAUGGAUUGGCUGGUAGGCGAAAUCAUUCAGGCCAUCGAAGAACACGGUUUGAAAAAUACGACAUUCACAUAUUUCACCUCUGAUCACGGAGGACAUUUGGAGGCAAGAGAUGAGCAUGGCCAGCUGGGGGGAUGGAAUGGAAUAUUCAGAGGUGGCAAAGGGAUGGGGGGCUGGGAAGGCGGCAUCCGCGUCCCUGGCAUCUUCCGGUGGCCUGGGGUGCUGCCGGCCGGCCGAGUGAUCCACGAGCCCACCAGCCUGAUGGAUGUCUUCCCCACCGUGGUUGAGCUGGGGGGCGGCCAGGUGCCCCAGGACAGGGUGAUCGAUGGCCGUAGCCUGGUGCCCUUGUUGCAAGGGACAGCCGAGCACUCUGCACACGAGUUCAUGUUUCACUACUGCGGGAAGUAUCUCCACGCGGCACGCUGGCACGAGAAACACACCGGAAGACUCUGGAAGGUCCACUACAUGACCCCCCGUUUCCACCCAACGGGGGCGGGCGCCUGCUACGACCAAGGCUUGUGCCCAUGCUCCGGGGAUGGCGUGACCCAGCACAGCCCGCCUUUGCUGUUCGACCUCGCCAGGGACCCUUCGGAGGCACGGCCCCUGUCCCCUGGCUCGGAGCCCCUGCACCGCGCGGUGCUGGCCCGGGUGGACGAGGCGGUGGGACGGCACAGGGCGACCCUGACCCCUGUGACCCCUCAGUUCUCCCUGAGCAACAUCGUCUGGAAGCCGUGGCUCCAGCCGUGCUGUGGGACCUUCCCCUUCUGUGCCUGCACCGAGCACGGAGACCCCCCCGAGGCCUGACCGCACAGCGGCCGUGAUGCCCGCCGUCCAGCUCAGAUGGCCAGCGUGUGCACAGAAAGGGACGCUCAUGCACUGUUGCUGGGAAUGCACACUGGCGCAGCCACUCUGGAGAACAGGAAGGCACUUACCCCCCAGUCUAGUCAUCGCACUCCUGGGGAUCCGCCCGGAGGAAAUGAAAAGUCCUAGAAGGCGAGGCUACAGUAGUGGCCGCCGUGGCCUGGGGGGAGAUGGGGACGGGGGUCACUUGGGCACGAGCUUGUGCUUGUAAGGGGUCUGCCCGUAGAUCACAGCUCGUAAUACCGUGUUGCACACUUGAACGCUGCAAUGCACCAUAAAUACAUGCAGUUGUAUCUGUCACUUGUACCCCAAUAAAGCUGGGCGACAAAUGUUUAAAA